AAUCAUCCCAUUCUAUGUGUUUACAUUUUAAUUCGUGGAGUGAUUCAUUCAUUCAUAUAUAUAACGUAGUAAAGCAGUGUUUGAUUUUGAUUGGUUGGAAAAGGCAAGCUAAUUUAGUUUUACAAUCAGGCAUACGCAGGGGCACCUAUCACUAUGUGCAGAGCGGAUAAACUUGUUGAUGUUGAGUUGGCACUUUGGCUCAAGCGUAUAUUACCGUGCUAUUGCUUUUUUUGUCCUGUUUCAUUUUGGGAGCUGGUUUAAUUCCCUUGCUAAUAAUUUAAUAAUUAUAACACACUUAAAAGCCGACGUUUUGUGGCGUUAACGCUGUUGUGUUCAUGCGGUCUCCUAGCGGUGAAGCAGCAGCAAGUUGGGUUCAGCUCAGUCCAUUUAGCCAGCGGAUACCCUAGGCUGUCUUUGAGCUUCUAACGUGCUUUUAUUUGUUUUUGUUUUUAUUUUAUUUUAACAAGGCGUACUGGGUGCACGGAUGAGGCAAUUAUUAUGACAAUGAGGAAAGUAAACGUGGCCAUCCUUGUGCUGCUGGCUGUGGCCUUUCUAAUCAUAGUUCAACGUAAUCUCCUCAACCUCAGUGACUUUUUACACAAGGAACACCCAGAUGCGGGGAUGAUUCUUCCCUUUGAAUCGGAGCUGUCUCCUGACCUCGGACUGGAGCUGGUAAGAAAAGGAGAGGAGAUCCCUGUUCUCAUCACUGCUGCUGAGGAAAGACUUGGUUCUGUGAUUGCUGCCAUGAACAGCAUCUAUCAGAACAGUAAAGCCAAUAUUGUCUUCACCAUAGUGACUCUUAAUGACACGGUGGAUCACUUGAAAGUGUGGCUUAGUAAGACAAAGUUAAACAAUGUCAAUUACAAGAUAGUUAUUUUCAAGCCCGAACUUCUCACCGGAAAGAUAGCUAAAGAUCCUCAGACGCUGGAGGCUGCCAAACCAUUGACUUUUGCCAGGUUCUAUCUGUCGGCAUACAUACCAGAGGCAGAGAAAGCUAUCUAUCUGGAUGAUGAUGUCAUUGUACAAGGAGACAUCCAGGAUCUUUUUGAAACCCCCAUCAAACCCGGACAUGCAGCUGCUUUUUCAGAGGAUUGUGAUUCAGCUUCUGCCAAGGGCAUUGUUCGAGGGGCUGGCACUCAGAAUAACUACAUAGGGUUCCUUGACUUCAAGAAGGAGGCUAUCAAGAAGCUAGGGAUGAGGGCCAAUACAUGCUCCUUCAACCCCGGGGUCAUCAUUGCCAACCUGACAGAGUGGAGGAACCAGAACAUCACCCAGCAGCUGGAGCACUGGAUGGAGCUAAACACAAAGGAGGAUCUGUACAGUAAGACACUGGCAGAGAGUAUUACCACCCCUCCUCUUCUAAUUGUUUUCUACAAACGUCACUCCAGCAUCGACCCCAUGUGGCACGUCCGACACCUCGGUACAACAGGAGCUGGGAAUCGAUACUCUCCACAGUUUGUGAAAGCUGCAAAACUCCUCCACUGGAAUGGUCACUACAAGCCAUGGGGGAGAACAUCCUCUUUUUCUGAUGUCUGGGACAAAUGGUUUCUUCCAGACCCCACAGGGAAAUUUGUCCCUGUAAGAAGACACACAGACUGAUUAUUUGCUUUCCUGAAGGUUUUUUUUAUUUUUACCAGCCAAGCCAGCAGGACCAUACUUUGUGAUAUCUCAGGAACUACGGAUGGCCUUUUCUCUUGCCAGCCCUGUACUUAGGUUCUUUUAAUCUGUGUUCUCUCACAUUCCCUUUAACACAAAGUUCGCUUUUUUACUCCAUUUAGCUUAGCAUUUCUUACAGUAUAGUUAUUUUGCAUUUCUUUUGCCAAAAAAGGUAGAGCCUGUCACAUUUUUGAACUGUUACUUUUAAACGUUUCUGAUGAACCGUUGUUUCACUUAAGAGGCACAGACUGUUUCAUCCGUUGGUUACGACCUUAAUACACCUGUAUUCUCCAAUCCAACCAUGCGUUAUGUAGCUAGUAUUACAAUAUGCCAGGACAACCAUGUACAAUUU